GGCUCUAUCUGUGAGUCCUAGCUUCGGCCCUAACUUGGAGUCGAGCGAUUCGCGUGAGGCUGACCCGAAUAGCCCCAACAGGCGCGGGAUUCCCGGCAUGUUCUAUUGUCCGUUCAAUGUGCUUACAAGGAAAACCAAGAGCACAACGCAGCAGUACAAAAGGGAAAGAUGGCUUCGGCGGACCUCUGUUGGCAGAUCAUGCGCGUUCAAUCGUGCCACAUCGUCAAGAAGCCUCAGUGCUCCAAGUGGUUCUCGACUGAUCCCCUAAACCCGAAGAAUGUGCACGUCAGGAAGUUCUCGGGACUUUCUCAGAAAAAAGCUCUUACCGUCGCGGCAAACCCCAAGGGAAAGGGUGUCGUCCUGGUUGCGAAAACCAAGAACUUCAAGCUGAACAGGCCCUCAAAAUCCCUCCAGCAGAUCCCUUUGACCAAGCACAUGAGGAGGAUCAACAAGGCCAUCAACGGUAUCUCCAAGGCCUACGGACGUUCUGACCUGUCUUUGACACUCAAGAGACGUGCCACCGCCCUGAUCAAGGCUCAGAAGAAGGCCGCGAAGGUCAGCCCUGUCAAGAAGGAGUGAAUAAAAUUUUAUUGCUCUGU